CUGGCUAUGGUAAACAUUUUAAACACCCAAAAGAGUCACGUGACUACACAGAAAAAAAGAACUUACAACGAGGAUUGGAGGGAAACUAAAGAAGGAUCAUAUUAUUUAGAUGCUGCAUAAUGUCAGGAAUAGCUUUAGCUCGUUUAUCUGAAGAAAGAAAAGCUUGGCGAAAAGAUCACCCAUUUGGAUUUGUGGCCAGACCAACAAAAAAUCCUGAUGGAACACUAAAUCUCUUGAACUGGGAAUGUGCAAUACCAGGGAAAAGAGCGACUGGCUGGGAAACUGGUCUAUUUAAGUUAAGGAUGUUGUUCAAAGAGGAUUAUCCAAGUUCUCCACCAAAGUGUAAAUUUGAGCCACCAUUAUUCCAUCCCAAUGUAUACCCAUCAGGAACAGUGUGUCUAUCAUUACUGGAUGAGGAGAAAGACUGGAGACCUGCUGUCACAAUAAGACAGAUUCUGCUUGGAAUUCAAGAACUUUUAAAUGAACCUAAUAUCAAAGACCCUGCUCAGGCUGAAGCCUACACAGUUUACUGCCAAAACAGAACAGAAUAUGACAAACGCAUCCGAGAACAGGCAAUGAAAUUCAAGGACCCGUCAUUGUGAAUCAUGGAAACAUUGCCAAGAUAUUGGUUCUUUAUUUAUGGACUUUUCAAUUAACGAUUACAUGCUGAAAUUCUAUGUUUGUAACUGUGUUGGUUAUUGUAAACAUUUUCUGUAGUUGUACAUGAAAAUAUCUCCUGCCAAAGGGUUGUUCUGUCACUCAAUACAUUACACAGUACAUUAGAUCAUAAAUGUUAAAUGCUGAUACAGCAUUGUUCACACAGAUUAUAUGACAUUGUACAAUGAUUAUGUGUACUAUACCUACCUGAAAUGUCUUCUGAAUCCAAUCUUUAUAUUGACGUCCAUCAGAGUGAUUGUAAAAGUGGGUUGGAUUGAGACAAAGACGAAUCUAUUUGUAUUCUUGUCUAAAAAAAUUGAAGGUAUAAAGAAAAGAGGUCAAUAAGAUUGGGUUUUGAUAUGAUAACCUCAAUGUUUGUGUCUAACUUUUUUCUGUAAUAAGCAUUUCAAAGAGAUAAUUUUGACGUAAAAUACAUUAGGUAUCUAAACUAACCUUGGCCAUUUUCGUUUAUUGCAGUACAGAUAGUUGGACUGGUAGGACCAGAGUUGUUCAUUUGUGAAAUAAGGAUGGACCUGGUGAAUUAUUGUGCAAAAAGCAGGCAACAUAUAUAGGUAUCAUAGAGGUUUCCAAGCGAUAACUCAUGAUCCCUUCGACCGAUCAACCUCAAAAUUCAUGCAGAUCUUCUUUACCAAAAGUGCUUGCUUGGGAUUGCUUUUCAGGUUGAAAGUUACUUUUACUAAAAAUAGAAAAUUAGUUCCCAUGUGAUAACUCAAGUUUCUCUGGGCCCAUCAAACUAAUUUUUCUUGCAGUUUUCCUUGCCACAAAUGCUAGCAUGGGUUGUUUUUUACUGGUCCAAAGGUUGAAGGUCAAGGUAACUGUUACUAUAAAUAGAAAACCUGUUUCCAUGCAUUAACUCUCAUAAUCACCCAAUUUUCUGUGCAGACGAUACAUUCAACAUAUGUCUGAAAUAUUAAAUUUAAAAACAGACGAUCAGUCUGCAUAAACGAACAGGCCCUUAAAUUUUGAUGUCUAUUUAAUCCCUCAUUGAUAUGGGGUAUUGGGAGGAAAUGGGUGGUUUACACGGCGUUUCCUUGUUUAAAGGUUUUAAUCAAUUACAAAGUAGAUGGAAGCAUGGUAGGAAAUCUCAAAAUCUUGUUAACAUGACUAGUAAAAUAUUUAUUUGAACUGUAGACUUCGAAUCAGAUAUAACAUUUUUACAGAUUUUUUUUUUUUUGCAGUAGAUGUUUUAUGUUUUGUUUUGUAAAUGUGUCCAUGGUAUCUAGUUGAUCUGUGAUUUACAUGUUUGUAACUAAAAACAUUGUGUAUUGGUAUAUUUGAAUCCAUCAUAUGUCUUGCAGUUGUACAAGAAACCAGUAUCAGCAUGUAUCAGGAAUGUCACAGUUAAAUCUCUUUGACAAAGCUGUUAUUGGCUACACAGUAUUCACAUACAUGUAGCAGUAUUCAAAACUAUUGGACAUUAUUAAAAUGUGUUUUCUUCUCUCUAGAUUAAACAUUGGUUCUACACAUGCUUCUGAUUUUCAAUUGAGAAGUGAAUAAUAAUUUCUAUACAUAAGUAAAAACAUAGGACGUUGCUCCAAUGUAUAUGUAUUUAAUGGGAUAGUUGCACAUUUGUGUAUUUCAGACAUGUGAAUGAAACAUAGGGAAGAUGAAAUAUAACUUCAAUACUGUUGAACAUUUUAUAUGUUAAGCAUUUGGCUAUAGAUAGUCUGUGCAUUCUCUUUAGGAACUGCACACCAGAGUCAGAAAGAGACAGGAUUUAAAGGAUGGUAGUUUUGAUAGGAUUGGACAUUCUUUUUUUCAGAUCAGUUUUCAUUUGAUCUGUAAAAGAACAAAAAGCACUUUUGUUAAUAAAAUCAUACCAUUUUA